UAAUUCUCUUUAAAUAUAAAAGCUCUCAAUUAUAUAUCUGAGGUGCUGCAUUUUACCCCUCCAGUUCCUAAGCAACAGCUAUUUUCAGAUUGAGUGCGUCUGGUGUUGUCUACCUACUUCAGGCUUUUACGAGGUGGCUCGUCAGUGGAAGCUGGGCUGUUCUCUGUCUCCACUGGCUCCCUUUGUCGUGGCACUGUGAGGAGACAGAUGCUUUAGAGAAACGUGAGAAGCUCGGGUGUAACCGGUCUCGACCUUGCAGCUCACAAAAACUCGUGUACAUCGGGGAACUCUGCCAUCUGCAAUGAAACACAGGAGUCAGAAAUAAGGUUCUUGACACUGGUUUGGGAGAAGCCUUUUUCUCAAGUCUGGAAAAGCCUCUAGAGCAGAUCCGAAACCAUGAGCCGGAAAUCUCUGUACUUGCUGAAGCGUAGGUGGGAGUCGAUUCCCGCUGCUGACCAGUCUUCUGGUACCAGUAUCACAGUGGAUAUCGCUGUCAUGGGAGAAGCACAUGGGCUCAUCACGGACCUUUUGGCCGAUCCUUCGCUGCCCCCCAACGUGUGCACAUCGCUGAGAACAGUGAGCAACCUGCUUAACACGCAGUUAACCUUCCAGGCCAUCCACAAGCCAAGGGUGAAUCCUUUGGUGUCCUUCAGUGAGAACUACACCUGCUCCGACUCAGAGGAAUGUCCGGAGAAAGGAGAGAAACUGGCCAUUCCCAAGCGCUUACGGAAAAGUUUGCCUCCAGGACUGCUGAGACGAGUGUCCUCAACUUGGACCACAACAACAUCAGCCACAGGAUUACCUACACUGGAGCCAGCUCCAGUGAGAAGGGAUCGCAGUGCCAGCAUCAAACCCCAUGAAUCAUCUUCAUCCAGCCCUGACUCCUGGAACAGCUCAAUUCUGAUGACAAUCACAAAGAGCAGGUCCUUCUCCACCUCCUAUGCCAUGUCAUCUACCAACCACCUGAAUGCCAAAAGGCAGAGCCGGCAAGGUAUCCCACCAAAUAUUUCACCUCUCACCUCCCCGUGCCAUUCACCAAUUCAGGGGACCCCUGCCACAAGUCCUACUGGAAAAACAUCUUCUGUGUCAUUUCCAGACUCUACAGAUACUGACACCAAGCAGGGCUUAAAGCCACACAAAGUCUUAACUUCUUCUCAGAGUGCACCUCCCCUGUCAGAUCCUGUUAUCAGCCCCUCUGUCAUCUGCAGCAGCUGUGGCAGACCCUAUAACCAAAUAGAAGCUGGUGAUGAGACACUAAAUAGAAAUGAUGCUACCACACACACCCUGAACAGAACAGAUGAUCCUGCGCAAGCCACCUCUGACUACGAGACCAACAACAGCGACAGCAGUGACAUCGUGCAAAACGAUGACGAGACAGAUUGCUCCAAGGAGCAGACACGAAAGGGAUCUGUCUGUAGGUCCUACACACCUGAGACCAUCAUCUUGCAUCCCUUGACACCACCUGAGGACAAGCCUGUACUUGCUCCUGAGCCUCUGGUUAUGGACAACCUGGAUCCCCUGAUGGAGCAGCUAAAUAGUUGGAACUUCCCAAUCUUUGAUUUGGUGGAAAAAAUUGGAAAGAAAUGUGGUCGGAUUCUCAGUCAGGUAUCAUACAGGCUUUUUGAAGACAUGGGACUGUUUGAAACCUUUAAAAUACCAGUGAGGGAAUUUAUGAAUUACUUUCAUGCCUUGGAAUGUGGAUACCGAGAGAUACCUUAUCACAACCGAAUCCAUGCAACUGAUGUUCUACAUGCCGUGUGGUACCUGACAACUCAGCCCAUCCCGGGGCUGCCAACUGUGAUUAAUGACCACGGGUCAGCAAGCGAUUCAGAUUCUGACAGUGGAAUCACUCACGGCCACAUGGGUUAUGUGUUUUCGAAGACAUACACACCUACAGAUGACAGCUAUGGAUGCCUGGCUGGCAACAUCCCUGCCCUUGAACUGAUGGCUCUUUAUGUAGCUGCAGCCAUGCAUGAUUAUGAUCACCCAGGAAGGACCAAUGCCUUUUUGGUAGCAACGAGUGCUCCUCAGGCAGUGCUGUACAACGACCGCUCCGUCCUGGAGAACCACCACGCCGCUGCUGCCUGGAACCUUUUCAUGUCGAGGCCAGAGUACAACUUCCUGGUCAACCUCGACCACGUGGAGUUCAAGCAUUUUCGCUUCCUUGUCAUUGAGGCAAUUUUGGCUACUGACCUGAAGAAACACUUUGAUUUUGUCGCCAGAUUCAAUGCCAAGGUGAAUGAUGAUGUUGGAAUUGACUGGACUAACGAGAACGACCGCUUGCUGGUUUGCCAAAUGUGCAUCAAACUGGCCGACAUAAACGGGCCUGCAAAAUGCAAAGAUUUGCAUCUGCAGUGGACAGAAGGCAUCGUCAAUGAGUUUUAUGAACAGGGUGAUGAAGAGGCCAGCCUGGGCUUGCCAAUCAGUCCUUUCAUGGACCGCUCUGCCCCUCAGCUGGCACACCUCCAGGAAUCUUUCAUCACUCACAUUGUGGGACCACUAUGUAACUCCUAUGACUCAGCGGGGCUGAUGCCAGGAAAGUGGAUAGAAGAUAGUGAUGAAUCAGGAGACACUGAUGAGCAAGAAGAGGAAGAAACAGCGGAAAUGGAAACUUGUGAAAAUACUGAAUCCAGAAAGAAGAAGUUCAAGAGGAGGAAAAUCUACUGUCAGAUCACUCAGCACCUGCUUCAGAACCAUAAAAUGUGGAAGAAAGUAAUUGAGGAUGAGGAGAGGUUAGCUGGGUCAGAGAAGCAAGGGGCAGAGCAAUCCCCACUGCACCAAUCUUCAGAACAAAUCCAGGCCAUCAGGGAAGAGGAGGAGGAGAAAGGGAAGCCCAAGAAGGAUGAAGAGGAGAACACAACUGUAGAACCAAACCAAUGACAAUAUUUACAGCAGUAUUUUAAGACAGAUUGACUUGUGCACAGACUCUUUCUCAAGCCAGCACAGCAUUUAGACACAACACUGUAGAAGUAUGGGAUAAUGCGCCUACAGCUGUUUAAUUUGUUUCUCUUUCCUUUUUAUGGUGAGGUACAUUGUUUAAACUCCUAUGCUCAAGGAAGCUUUCACACUGCAACACCGGCUUUUACAGACUUUCUUUAAAGAGAUUUGGGGGUGGGUGGAAUUAUAUAAAUAUAUAUAUAUAGCCAGGGUUAUUGGCUGCACACUUCAGCAAAAUACAUUUAGUGAUAUAUUAUGGUCACUGUGAUAUUUACAGAAGAAAGUUAUCUAAGGAAAUGCUGCUUCUGAAGAACAUUUGCAGUUAACAGUAAGGUACCAGUUAAGUAGCUUUUGCUCUUAAUGCUGAGGGAUAAAAGUUCCAAAGCUUUAUAUGAAUGCUGAUAUAUCCUGCCAACACAUAUGUGUGUGUGAGGGGGUGUUUGCAAGUGUGAGUGGAUGUGUGGAAAUAUAGCAUAGUUUGAGUUCUUAUUACAGUAGCUGUAGCACGUGUCCCAAUACAUGACAACAAACAGAAGGCCCGGAUUUUAGAGAAUUUGUGCCCACCAGGGAAAUGGAGCCCAUUUUGAGGAGCUCUGCAUUCCCCAUAGGCCUCCAAGUCCCAGUUUGCACUCCAGCUGCAGGCAGCAGCCUUUCAGCAGAGACCACGCUGGCCCAGGCUGGCAGCCUGGCCCUGUCUGGCUGUGUGGGCUCCUCCUCCUCCUCUUCCUCAGCACUUCCCGCACUGCUGGCGAAAGGGAUGUGCCAGGAAGGCAUAUUUUCCAAAGGGGGUCGCGAGGGACUGUGUGCCACACUGCUCUGUUCCCCUGGAGAGGACCUGGCCCUCUGUGUGAAUGGUUGUGUGGGGCAGCGUGUUUGGGCAGGAGGGAACAGAGAGCAAACAUGUCCUUGGAAGCGAGAGGCGCCACUGUCAGCUCCUACCGCAACCUAACACCUCCCUGCAUCAAUGACCAAAUAUAUCAGUUAAGAGCAGAGCUAAACUGCAUCUUGGGAGAGCAAAAGAAGGGGAGUGUGGGGGCCAUUGUCUCCUCAAAGCAAUGCAGGCAAUGCAUUAGGAGCAGCGUGGGGGACACGUGCCAGUCCUGCAUCCACUGGGCACUCGUGUGUCUCAGCAACCACUCACAUGACCUUCAGAGAACUCGGUUUUUCGGUGUGAGGUGCUGGAUGGGAGCAGUUUGUUGCUGGCAUUCUGCUUAGAAGCGGCAUGUUUGGUCCCACCGAUAUACUUUUUUUCCUUUUUUCAUUUUUUUUUUAAGAGAUAGAAAAAGAUCAGGCCUGUAAGAAGAGCAGAUCUUUUUGUUUGUUUGUUUGUUCUGUUCAUUUGUUUUCUCUGUUGUUUAUGCUGUGAGCCAAAUGUCUAUUUAAAAAGUUGGAUAUUCACUUUCAAUAUUUUAUUUCACGAUAUUAUAUUUGUCAAUGAUUAGCUAUCUAGAUGUAAAUAUGGAAAAAUUUUUAUGGGUUCCUGUAGAUAAUGAUAUCUUUAAGAAAAAAAAAAGAAAAAGAAAAAAAGGGAAAAGUUGUUUUGUAAAGAUAAUUUUUUAAAAAAUAAAUACAAAAACAUUUUUAUACAGUGUAGCCAUUUCAAAACCCCACAAAGUCUUGAGUAAUUUGUAUAGACCCUUAUGGGAAGCCAGUGGUCUAUAGAAUCAAGGCUUCAAAAUAUUAAUGCUCUUGGGGACUGGCCGCACCAACCAGUACCACACAAUUUAGAGACUUGUUCCCACAGAAAGAAUUAUAUACAUAAAGCUCAGUAUCUCUCAAAAAUUAUUUGACUAUAUAUACUUUUUAUACUUUGAUCCUGCAGCCCUUUACUAAGAAGAGGAUUGCUUGUGAAAGGUGGAGUUUGUAGAAGUCCUUUCUGUAUUAAAUUUCUGACAUUACACUCAUCACUUUUUGCCAUUGUUACACAUUCACCAAAUUUCAUGAUCCUAUUGAUACCUCCCCAAAAGUGUUGGAAAACAUUCUCUAUCAAAGCCAAUCAACAUGUGUGUUAUCACUUCAGGGGUUCUUUUAGCUUUGCAUUUCUGUCAGAGUGAACUUUCGCUCAAAACAGGAUUUGGGGUUUUUGCUGGUUGCAUUUGCCUGAUGUCAUCCCAUUCUACUCUUAGCAGUAGAGAGGCCGUGUUUGCCUUUCAGGAGAGUGACUAGAGCACGGUUCUGAAUGCUCUUAUUGGCAGAACUAUUUAGUAAGUGCUUUCCAAUGAAAUCAGAAAAGCAAAUUGCACUGUUAUUUUAAAGGCAAAGGACAUAGCAGAAUUCACUCAAAAGAAAAAAAUGAUGUCUCCAAGACCUCAGCCAGUCUCCAGCAAUUCCAGCUUGCACUGUUUUCACACCUUUUUAGUCACUUCGAUUGAUCAUUUUAUUUGGGUUUUUCUUGUACAAGUGAUAUGCAUACCUUAUAGUAUGGGAAGGAUUUUUUAUGCCUCAUUCUGUCCUUUAAAAAUUAAACUUACAGAGAUGCUUUAAAAUGUCACAUCUCCAAGCACUUUUUUCUUGAUUUUCAGUACAUAAUCACCGCAACUGGAUCUUAAUACUGCGUUUUAUGUUGCCUUCACUGGAAGAUGAAAAAAUUAUAUUGCAGCAAGUGUUAGUGGGUGCCCAGUUGGUAAAAUUACAAAGAAGUGUUCGAGAAUGAGGCGAAAUCCUGUAAGUGGAGUUCCACAUAUUCCUCUGAGCUGGCA